CAUAGUAUAAAUCCCUGCCCACAGUGCUCACUGUAGGGACUUUGUGUGCUGGGUUCUUUGGUGUCCUGUCUGCUCCUGGAGGGAAAAGGCCAAAGGGAUGCAGGCUCUGUUGCUGUCACCGCACUAAAAGGAAGCGACAAAGAAGAGCUCUCUUUCAAUUGAGAGAUAGAGGUGGAUUGCAAGAUGAGCCGUGCAGGGAGAUAUAAGGAUUUAGGAGUGCUCAGUGCUGCUAAGAUCAAAGGCUGAGCCGGGACUGCUGCACCACUAAAGGAAACCCAAGUGGGUGCACAGGGACAGAGGAGUGGGAUGGAGCCAGAAUGGGGCUGGAACAGCUCUCACAGCACCCAGACCACGCACAGCACAGAGCUGCAGAGCUCCCAGCCCCCAGCAGGGACCCCCAACCAGACCCUGCUGCAGGGCCGGGACGAGCAGCUGGCCAAGGCAGAGGUUGGGGUGCUGGCAGCCAUCCUGUUGGUGGCCACCACGGGCAACCUGGCCGUGCUGCUGGUCGUGUGCCGCCCCGCGAGGAAGCUGAGCCGCAUGCAUCUCUUUGUGCUGCACCUGGCGCUCAGCGAUCUGGGUGUUGCGCUCUUCCAGGUGCUGCCUCAGAUGCUCUGGGAGGUGACGUAUCGUUUUGUAGGGCCGGACUUGCUUUGCAGGGCUGUGAAGUACCUGCAGGUGCUCAGCAUGUUCGCCUCCACCUACAUGCUGAUGGCCAUGACUCUGGAUCGCUAUGUAGCCGUGUGCCACCCUCUCCGUGCCCUGCGCCAGCCCGGCCGCCAGCCCUGUGCCAUGGUUGGGGCUGCGUGGCUGCUCAGCUGCCUGCUCAGCACACCCCAGCUCUUCAUAUUCUCUUUGAGGGAGGUGAAGCCGGGCUCAGGGGUGCUGGAUUGUUGGGCUGACUUUGGUUACCCAUGGGGUGCCCGUGCCUACAUCACCUGGACCACGCUGUGCAUCUUCUUGUUGCCCGUCGGCAUCCUCACCGCCUGCUACAGCCUCAUCUGCAGGGAGAUCUGCAAGAACCUCAAAGGCAAAACUCAGAGCUGCAUCCCCACUUCAGGAGGGCUCCUUGCAGCCUCCCCCAGCGCCCCGUGCUGCAGUCAGAAGGGCUCACAGUGCCCCUCUGGGCAGCCCUCACGUGUCAGCAGCGUGCGCACCAUCUCCCGCGCUAAGAUCCGCACGGUGAAGAUGACGUUUGUCAUCGUGGUGGCCUACGUUGCCUGCUGGGCUCCCUUCUUCAGCAUGCAGAUGUGGUCGGUGUGGGAUGAGGAUGCUCCUGAUGAGGAGUCCGCCGAUGCCGCCUUCACCAUCACCAUGCUGCUGGCCAGCCUCAACAGCUGCUGCAACCCCUGGAUCUACAUGUUCUUCAGCGGGCACCCACUGCAGGACGUGGCACGUUGCUUAGCCCUGUGGGGCUGCCCCCCAUCAGCCCCACGCAGGCAGGGCUCAGCUGGCAGCCUGUGCAGCAGGAGGACCACCAUCCUCAUCCACAGCCUCAAUGCUGCCAUCCCAAUGCACAGGGGCAGUGGCACAGACCUCAGCCCCCCGGAGGAGGAGGUGGUGACAGAAUCGGGCACGCUGUAGGCUGUGAUGCUGCUGU